GCUGAAGUGACUCGCUGUCAGGUGAUUUAAAGUCCCCAACAAACCCAAACAAACAAAGACGAGGCUCAGCAGUGUUCAGCAGCAGUCUGGGAUUAAUGUAGCUUUUAUUCCGCUGAUACUCAGUGUGUGUGUGCUUGUGGAUUUAUUCUGCACUUCAGGGGUUUUGUUUCUCCUCAUCGGUGUGAAAUGAUUCUUAUCUGGAAACAUGAGGAGCUACAAGAUCCACGUGUUCCUGUUCAGGUGUCUGAUCUUAGUCACUAUUGACUCUGUGUCAGCUGGACACUUUGUGAAGACCAGAUGUAAUGAGUCGGCUACUCUGCCCUGUAAACGGAAAUGUUCUGGUUUGGUCAAAUGGGUCAAGACCCACAGUCGAGAUGAUGUCAUCGCUCAGUGUGAUCAGACAUCCUGCAGCUCAGAGGAGGGGUAUGAAAUGUCUCAUGCUCAGUACCUGAAGGGAGAUCUGUCUCUCACCAUCACUGCAGCUGAUUACAGUAAGAGAUCCUGGUACACGUGUCAGUGUGAGGGUAAGGACGUCUGUGAUGUGCGCCUCAGCAUGGAGCGUGUUAACUUUAUCAGAGAGUUCGAUCCUGGAGAUUCCCUCACUGUGGAUUUGCCGAUCUCGGAGAGAGUGAAGAUCACGUUUAACAGGAGCGGUGAUGAUGGAACUCAGAGCUCUGUUACACUCUGUACAGUCGAGGGACGUAAAGUUCACUGUAGCCCUGAAUAUGAGAAGAGAACAUCGUUCCAGUCCUCACUUACUCUGAGUGAUUUAAAGCUGAGUGACGGCGGUGUGUACACUGUGUGGGACACUGAGAAUGAUGAGAUCAUAGCUACACACACACUCAGUGUUACAGGAAAGAUCAGAACCAAGUGUGUAGAAGGUGAACAGGUACCCAGCUGGGUUGUUGGACUCUGUUGGUUCUGUCUGGGUUUGGUGCUUGGCAUUUUCCUGCAUUGUUUUGUCCUUCCAUCGAUAUUAAACUGCUGUGAUCGGGACAAGAAGAAAAGGGCAAAGAAUUCAGAGCGUGAUUGCAGCACUGCGGAGAAGAAUGAUGAUUCCACUGAAAUCAUCCAGCUGAACACUGUGCGUGUUGAGAGUCUCUAACGGAUAAUCAUCUAUUUUUUUUUUACUUUUUACAUUCAUCAUUUAGUGAUGUAUUAGUGUUAUGUACAACCUGCGUAGCUUUACUGACUUCCAUGUACAGGUUUCAUUUACUGGAAUAUUUCUGUAUAAGUGAGGAUGUUUGAGAGGAGAGACAUAAGCACAUCUGCUAAAUGCUCUUAAUGCAGCUUUUAUAAGCAACUUGAGAAAACCAGCCUGCAGUUAGACGAGUGUUAACAUUAUACUCUACUCAGAUUCACUCUGCUCUGAUACGAUGCUCAGAGUCACAUAAAAACCAGCAGAAUGACACGUGAGAGGAGGAGAAUCAGUUCAACCUUUCAAACAUUCAUCUUUUAGUUUUUCAUACUGCAUCAUUUCACACUUACUCUACUGUGACACAGAAUGUGUUGCCUUUUAAAAAGAAAAAACAA